UCCCAGCAAAGUCAGCCAUGGAUUCUGGUCCUGCCUGGGCUGCCAACCCCACUCCCCGGGGCACCUUGUCUGCCCCCAAUGCCACCACACCCUGGCUGGGCCGGGAUGAGGAACUGGCCAAGGUGGAGAUCGUUGUCCUGGCCACGGUCCUGGUGCUGGCGACAGGGGGCAAUCUGACUGUGCUGCUGACCCUGGGACAGCCAAACCGCAAGCGCUCCCGCAUGCACCUGUUUGUUCUGCACCUAGCCCUGACUGACCUGGGUGUGGCGCUAUUCCAAGUCCUGCCCCAGCUGCUGUGGGACAUCACCUACCGCUUCCAGGGCCCUGACCUCCUCUGCCGGGCCAUCAAGUAUCUGCAGGUGCUCAGCAUGUUCGCCUCCACCUACAUGCUGCUGGCCAUGACGCUGGACCGCUACCUGGCUGUUUGUCACCCCCUGCGCAGCCUCCAGCAGCCCAGCCAGUCCACCUACCCGCUCAUCGCUGCUCCCUGGCUGCUGGCUGCCAUCCUCAGCCUGCCUCAAGUCUUCAUCUUUUCUUUGCGGGAGGUGAUCCAGGGCACUGGGGUGCUGGACUGCUGGGCAGACUUCCACGUCCCUUGGGGACCUCGGGUCUAUAUCACCUGGACCACCCUGGCCAUCUUUGUCCUGCCUGUGGCCAUGCUCACGGCCUGCUAUAGCCUCAUCUACCAUGAGAUCUGUAAGAACCUAAAAAUCAAGACACAGGCCCGGAAGGUGGAAGGAAGGGGCUGCAGGACUUGGGACAGGACCUCGCCUUCUGGCCCAGCUGCAGCUACACGGGGGCUGCCGUCCCGAGUCAGCAGCAUCAGCGCCAUCUCCAGGGCCAAGAUCCAAACCGUGAAAAUGACUUUUGUCAUCGUGCUGGCCUACAUCGCCUGCUGGGCACCCUUCUUCAGCGUCCAGAUGUGGUCUGUGUGGGACAAGAAUGCCCCCGAUGAAGAUUCAACCAACGUGGCUUUCACCAUCUCCAUGCUCUUGGGCAACCUCAGCAGCUGUUGCAACCCCUGGGUUUACAUGGGCUUCAACAGCCACCUGCGGCCGUGGCCCCUGCGCCGUCUGGCCUGCUGCAGGGGACCCCGGCCCCUCCCACAGCUCUCCGGCGACAGCCCCUCCAGCCGCCGCACCACGCUGCUGACCCGCUCCAGCGGCCUGCCCACCCUCACGCUCAGCCCCAGACUCAGAGGGGGCCAUGCGCCCGAAGGCUCACUGAAGGACUCAGCGCAGGUGGACGGUGAAGCCUCCACUGAGACCAUCGCCUUUAGGGAACACUCGCCCGCGGGGCCGGCGGAGGAUCUCUGCUCAUCUCAGCACUGGGUGUAAAAGCUGGGAGGGCCAGGGUUGGAGUUGGGGGGAGCCCACUUUGAGGCAGGGUGAGGGGGCCAGAAUGGCCCACUACCCCUGGUGUUACAGGUGCCUCUGGUGUGUGGGCGGACGCUCGUUUGCUCCCAAUCUCACACCCUGGGAAUCAGAGAGAGUCAAAGCAUCUGCUUCCCUGCUCCUGCGCCUUCACAGCGUGCGUGGGAGCCCACCCAUGGGGUGGAUGUGGUGCCCCAGGUCUCAGGCAGGCCUAGGCUGGCUCUGUCUGGGGGUCCGCAGGUGGCAGGGACUCAGGCUGGUCUCCUCCCGCCUUGACUAUUUGUCCCCAUCCUAACCUGACUAGCACACCCAGCGCAACCAGGAGCGGGGGAAGUGAAAACUUGCGAGAAGGAUCCUAUUUCUCUAUCUAGAUCCUGGAUUUGUUUGUCUUGUGUAGGGGGGCUUCUUUCAUGAA